AGCUCACGUCUACAUGAAUGUCGAAUAUGUCAACAAUUCACAUAUCUCUGGCAGAUCUUUGUUUCACUCCUUUAUAUUAUAAAACAACAGUAAUUCGAAAAUUAGUGGUUAAUUAUAUUAGGAAAGUCAAACUAGUAGUAAUUAAUUUAUUUCACAGGAUUCUUGUUCAGUCAUUGACCCUUUUGCAAAUUGUUCUUUUUAAAUAUUUUGGAUCUUGUAGGUAUUUCCCUUGCAUACAAAAAUUAUUAAAAAAAAUUACAAAUAAUUAUUUUCAACGAACACGGUACAAACAGAUUAUAUAUCUUUGAUUAAUUGUAAAGGAAGUUAGAGAACGUGGUAGCCAUCUCCUUGCUAUUAUUUUAUUCUAAUCAAUUUUUAAAAAAAAUUGUUCAGGUUUCAUUUCGAUCCUUCACUAUUUUCUUUUAUAGAUUCAGAAAGUACAAGCUAUUUUCUUUUAUAGAUUCAGAAGGUACAAUACAUUUGAUCUAUAGAUGUUCUAAUAUAGAUAUCAGUUCAAAAAUGGUAUAUGUCCAACCAUUCACAUUUGGGUUAACAAUGAAUAUAAAACAGCUGAUGAAAUUGAAAAGAAAUAAGAUUUGGUGAAUAUAUAAAGAUAUAAAACAAUUAAUAUAAACACAGCUGAAUAUAUUGAGUUGGCAAUCGAUCAUCCGAGCACGACUAAUUCAGACAUUCCCGUUUGUAAGUCUCUCUCUCUCUCUCAGUAGACGUCAUCGCCCUCCUCAUAGUCUCUCUCGAUAUAUAAACUCACCUCACCACUUUCUAACUCUUACUCAUCUCUCUUUCUAUCUCUUUCUCAAUUUAUCUAUCUUUACAUUGUUUAUCACAAUGGGAUCAACAGCGGCGGGAGCUCUCCUCCUCCUCCUCCUAGCCGUAGUCCCUGCCGUCUUCGCCGUGACUUAUCAGGUCGGCGAUAUUGGUUUCUGGAACAGUGGUGUCGAUUACACGGAUUGGGUUACUGGAAAGACUUUCAGGGUCGGUGACACUCUAGAGUUCCAAUAUGGACCUUCACACUCGGUGGCUGUGGUGAAUAAAGCUGGCUUUGAUGCCUGUGACAGUACCGGAGCAACGCAGACUUUCUCCGGUGGAGACACUAAGAUCGAUCUCACAACAGUUGGAACUAUGCAUUUCAUUUGCCCUACUCCUGGUCACUGCCAAGGUGGCAUGAAACUCGCCGUUACCGUCCUUGCCGCUGUUCCACCUCCAGCCACCCCGUCACCACCUCCUUCCCCAAAAUCUCCACCGCCUUCCCCUCGAACUCCACCGUCUUCCACUCCUUCCCCAAAAUCUCCACCGUCUUCCACUCCUCCCAAGCCUGCACCUCACUCUCCGCGUAAACCUAAAACUCCGCCUCCAUCCGCUUCUCCACCAGCCAAUGGCACACCGAAGUCAGAGACGCCAUCCUCGCCGUCUCCAACGACCCCCUCGCCGUCUCCAAUGACGUCCCCCUCACCGUCUCCAUCGCCACCAAUUAACGCAGUGUCUAAGGGAGUCAUGAUGAGCUAUGGAAUGAUGGCGAUCACCAUGUUAUUGAUGUACGGUAUCAUGAGCUAAGUUACAGAGUGGAGACAGUUUUGUUUCCUGCUCAAUAAUUUUUUUGGUCUUGGAUCUUUGGAACCACUACUACUUUCAUCAUCUUAUGUGUAAUAAAUCAUUUUUCUUUCAACAGCAAUUUUCCCUUCAUGUUAUUUUGAUUUUGGAACUGAUCAUCGUCAGACCAUUAUAAAUCAUGUUCUACAUGGUUAUUGAGUAAAUCACAAAAUCAUAUUCCAUUU